UUGCUGACUGCAUUUAGAAGUAGCAGAGUAGCGCGUUUACUGUUUAGUUUCUGCGAAGCCACAAUGAUCCAUGUAUUCACAUACCAUUUGCCGAUUCUGAUCUACUUUCUUGCUGUUUUUACUGUCCCAUCUUCGAGUCAUGUGGGCAUGUUUGAUGCUGGAGCAAAAAUUUUGAAUGUUGGGGAAGAGUUGUGGAAGGAAAGUAUGGCUUUACAAGGGGGUACUCGAUUGUACCAUCUUCAAGGCCUCAAAUCUUUUACUUGGUACGAAGUGAAGAUAUCAUAUCCAGCUUCUAUACCUGCUAGCUUUUCCUUGCAACUAAAGAAAGGUAAUUUAGAUUUGGUGCUGAACCGGAACAGGAGGUUACUAAAUACAGAGAAGUUGAUUUUCAAAACUGAUAAUCUCGAUGUGAUCGAUGAUCAGGGUGGAAUGUAUGUUUUAGUGACUGUGGAGCCUGAGGGGAUUGUUGCAAUACCGCAUGUGCAAGAGAGGGAGUUCAUCAUUUUCAAUAUAGUUUGUGAUGAACUAUUGUUGGGCAUUCCUUACGAAGCUUGGUGGGUUGUUGUCUUCGUGACAAUCUGCUUGAUAUUGGCCUUAAUCAUUCCUCACUUUCUUCCAUCCUAUUUGCUGCUGAAGAAUGGAAGUUUGCAGUCAACUGCAGAGGGUGUUUCCAAGGAAUCUUGAGAUCUAAUCUAGUAUUGUAAAUGAAGGCUAUUGCUCUGUUGCAUUUUGUUUUUGGUACUAAUGUAUAAAGCUACUCAAUUAAUCUCGGAGUUUUAAGUUUCACAAUAAUGGAUAGGUUCUCUAGUUUUUUUUUUUU